GCAAUUAUGUCGAUAACUUUACCGUUCUUUUUUGAAACCAUGGGCUCACCACGAGCACCGGUUCUGAUAUUUUAUUUUUCAUUUUUCCUUUCCAUUUGAAUUUUUUGCAAAAUCAUUCAUCGAACUUUUUCGCCAUCAAUUUCAAAUUUAUUCCGUAAAUUCGAUCUGCGUUAAACAAAAAAAAAUAAAAACAAAAUAUGAAUAAUGUUUACUAAAACGGUUUUAUUCAAGACACGAAAAAUCAUUAAUUGCAUAAAAAUUGAAAACAAAUUGACGGAUUGAAUUUUUUUUCUUCAAGUACUUGAUCGCAAGCGAAAAGAGUCAAAAUCAGAAUGAAUGGUUCUUUUAGAAUCCUUUUUCGCAAUUGAAAAUUUCAUCUCACCGACAGAAAGUAAAUAAACACAGCCGUCAACCGAAUCAUUCAAACGAAGUCAAUCGAUUUGACAUUUAGCACAUGUGCAUGACAAGUGCUCGGUAGAUAUUGAAAUCAUUAGCUGUCAAAUACUCAGAAUUGAGGUUAUGCGAGUUUUUGUUUAGUUUGUUCACGGAGAACCAAAAAAAAUCGCUCUCCUUUUGGUGUUUUCGCUGUGCUUGUGAACCAAAAUUGGUUUGCUGUGUUUUGAAUUGAAUUGAAUAAAAGAGUUAAAUCAUCAAAUUGAAUUGGAUAAAAAAUGUUUAAAUCAUUAAUAUCGCCGGUGUUGCAGAAUGUGACUGCCCGCGGCUUCAGCACAAAGCCUCUGAUACUGCCGGUGAUAAAUAAGCAUUUGGAUCAAACAAAUCAGGUGGCGCGCCAAGUGUGGAUUGAAAAUAUGGACACAACGAAUGUGCAGCGAAAAGGUCUGAUGGAAUUGCAUCCGGAUGUGUUUGCUGCACCGCCUCGUAUCGAUAUCAUCCACCGGAAUGUUAUAUGGCAGCAAAAGUAUAAAUAUGUUAGUUUCGCCUGGGCCAAAACACGGGCCGAGAAACGGGGUGGUGGCCGAAAGCCAUGGCCACAAAAAGGACAAGGCAGAGCCCGUCACGGUUCAAUUCGUUCGCCAAUCUUUGUGAACGGUGGUGUGGUGCAUGGUCCAAGAAAUCCAACCACACAUUAUUACAUGUUACCGUACUGGGUGCGAUUGGCUGGCUUGACAUCGACACUCUCCGCCAAAUUGGCACAAGAUGAUCUUCACAUUGUUGACGAUUUGGAAAUACCAACUGAGGAUCCAGAGUACAUUCAAAAUCUAUUGAGCGAACGCAAAUGGGGACCAUCAGCGCUGUUUAUCAACUACGAAGACAUUGUACCAAGAAAUAUUGCAGUUGCAACAGAUCAAAUUGGUUAUAUAAACAUUAUGCCUGCCUAUGGUCUCAAUGUUUUUUCAAUGCUUAAACAUACAACGCUCAUACUGACAACAAAGGCGGUCGCACACAUCCAAGAACGAAUUUUACAUUGUAAAAAUCUACAAGAUUCAUCCACAAUUACGAAAUAAGAAAGGCGAGCGGAAUUUAGUUACGUUACAUGUACAUUUAUUGAGAACGAAUAAAAUUUUACUUUUAAAUAAUUAUCGGAAA